AUGUUGUUUAUUGUGGGGCAUGAGGUUAUGAGCCAAAGUACAACAGCUUCAAGCAGCAGUUGGAGCGUCGCUUCCCCGGGAAGCUUGAGAUUACUGGUGAAGGGACGCCUCAGUCAACUGGCUGGUUUGAAGUUCAAGUUGUGGAUGGUCCACUUCUACAUUCUAAAAAGAAUGGUGACGGAUAUGUGGACAGUAACAAGUUGCAGCACAUCAUUUCAGCCAUUGAAAAAUUGUUGUAACACCUAA